AUGCCGCUUCAACUCCGCACAGCCACCAAGGACGAUGUCCCCGCCUUGGGCAGGGUCGCCUACAAGGCAUUCGAUCCUUCAAUAGACCCUAUCGCCAGCCGACUCUUCCCGCCACACCUCCGGUCACCAGAACAGCAGGAUAUUGACGGGAUACUCGCAUUCCGCAAGGCGCGCAAAGCAAUUGUCGUGGACGACACAGAAAACUUGGCGGUCAAGGUCAUUGUGGAUGACGAGCUUGAUGGACAGAUUGUCGGGGUCGCUGUUUGGGAGCUUCCCAGAGACGAGGCGCCAGGCUCUGCAGAGGUCGGGAAAAGCAAAGCACAGGCGGCGGCGCCGGCACCCCCUCCAGAAAUGGAUCAAGAUGCCCUCGGCGUGGUGAAGUCGACCCUUGCUAACGAUGCUGUUGAGGCAUUUGGGAAAGAUGGAGUCGCCCAUGUGUACCACCUACAACUCAUUGCCGUCGACCCGGCGCAGCAGAAACGAGGGAUCGGGAGAAUAUUGGUGAACUGGGGCGUUCAGCAGGCCGAUAAAAGGGCCAAAAAGUGCUACUUGUUUGCAUCAGAGGCAGGGCGACGCCUGUACCAGUCGGUGGGCUUUGAAGUCGUGAGAGAGGUCUCCGUCUUUGGGUUUCCACACUACUCCAUGAUUCGACAGCCCGCAGAGACUUCUUCUUGA